GGAACUGAAACGUCGUCGCUUGGGCCGAUUCGAACAAGAAAGUGGUUCUCUGGUCCACAUGCCCCAACAACAAAUGGAGCUGUCUUCUGCGUCCGCCAUGUUUGGUCAAUCCUCCUCCUCCUCUCAGCUUCUGAAACCUAAGCUCGGUUUUACGGUUUCGCUUCCUCGGAGAGCAUCGAUCCUUUCUUCUUCUUCUUCGUCUCUUCGAUUCUUGCGGAUGGAAUCUCAAUCUCAGCCUCCUCACUCUAUCUCCUGCGCUUCUUCACCCAGCAACAACGUUUCUCAGGAGACUUCAUCUCUCUCUAUUGAACCAGCUCGAGUUGGAGAAGUGAAGAGAGUAACAAAGGAGACGAAUGUGUCAGUAAAGAUUAAUUUGGAUGGCACUGGUGUUGCUGAUAGUUCCACUGGAAUCCCUUUUCUUGACCAUAUGUUGGAUCAACUUGCUUCACAUGGGUUGUUUGAUGUUCACGUAAGAGCUACUGGUGACGUUCACAUCGAUGACCAUCACACUAAUGAAGAUAUAGCUCUUGCCAUUGGAACCGCUCUUUUAAAGGCGCUUGGUGAGCGUAAAGGGAUUAAUAGGUUUGGUGACUUCACAGCUCCUCUAGAUGAAGCGCUUAUUCAUGUUUCCCUGGACUUGUCUGGUAGACCAUAUCUUGGUUACAACUUGGAGAUUCCAACCCAGAGAGUUGGGAACUAUGACACUCAGUUGGUGGAACACUUUUUCCAGUCAUUGGUGAAUACUUCCGGUAUGACACUUCACAUCCGUCAGCUUGCCGGUAAAAACUCGCAUCACAUAAUAGAGGCGACCUUUAAGGCCUUUGCCAGGGCUCUGCGACAAGCAACUGAGAGUGAUCCUCGCCGUGGUGGGACCAUACCAAGUUCAAAAGGAGUCUUGUCACGGUCCUGAGAGCUGAGCAAUCACAAGAAAGCUCCUGGAGUCACUCUUUUAAGCAAGGGUGAAGAAUAGAGUGGAGAUCACACACUUAAGAAGAUGGUGGGCUUCAACUUUAUGAUUGAAUCUGUUGAUGAAAGAAUGUAUUGUAUUGCUCUAUCAAACUCAGAAACUUGCUGCAAAGACUUGGUAGUUUGCUAGAGAAGCAUCGUCGGUAGUUAACGGCUAAUAAAUGCGGCAACAGUCAACUGUUAAACCAGAUAAUGUUUCCAACAAAGAAAAUCCGAAACCCUAGUUUAAUCUCUCGAUCAGAUUUUUCAAAUCCUCGGUUUGAUUUGGUUGCGUUAAAGAAAUUGUUUUAGGGUUUUGUUAAGCGGAUUUAUGAGACCCUUAGUUACCGUUUGCUUUGGCUGGAGAAGACUCUUAUCGCCUUGUUCUUGAUGGUUUCUUGAUAAGUCGGUUGUGUUGUAGAUUGCUAAAAGAACAUGUAGAAAGUAAUAGAGGAGAUUAAAAUAGCUUGGAAUACUUUUGUUUGAUUGGUAUGGUAACUUCUUCACAAUAUUGUACUUAGGCUUUACAUGCUUUGGUGGUUGUGAUUUAACUAAAUGUGUAGUAUUCCUCCUCAUU